AUGGUUUUAUACACUUCCCCAUUUCCCAACAGCUUUCUGUCAGUUCUGCAUUCUUUUUCCUGGGGCCUGAUUUUCCCAUGUUACUGGUUAGCAGAUAGGCUUGUGGCCUCCUUUGUUCCAACCACCUAUGAAAAACGUCAAAGAGCAGAUGAUCCAUGCUAUUUUCAUGCACUCUGCAUCAUUAUUACCACUCCCAUCUACUUGGCACUGUUGGUAGCCUCUCUUCCUUUUGCUCUGAUUGGCUUCUUGUUAUGGUCCCCACUCCAGUCAGCCAGAAGGCCAUAUAUCUACUCCAGACUAGAAGACAAGAACCAUGCUAAUGGAGCCACACUGCUCACUGAAUGGAAGGCUGCAGGGAACGGGAAAAGCUUCUGCUUUGGCAGUGCCAAUGUUUGCCUGCUGCCAGAUUCUCUGGCAAGAUUUAAUAAUGUUUUCAAUACACAGGCUAGAGCUAAAGAGAUUGGCCGGAGGAUCCGAAACGGGGCAAGCAGACCACAGAUCAAAAUAUAUAUAGACUCUCCUACCAACACAUCCAUCAGCGCAGCAAGUUUUAGCAGCUUGGUCUCCCCCCAGGGUGGAGAUAGCACAAAUCGUACUGUUAAUGCUGGCAUCAAAAGGACAACAUCAAUGGAGUAUAAAGGAGACAAUUCUGGCUCAAACAACAGUGAGGAUAGUAGAGAAGAUAAAGGUGGAGCUGGAGAGCCAAAUGAGGGAGAAGAAAACUCUUGUAUUGUCCGCAUAAAUGGAGAGGAUAAUGGCCACAUGUCAGACGCAGAAACAGAUACCGUCAAUGGCCAGGCUCAUGCCAGUGGCCCAGCAGAACCCUCACUGGAAGGUGAUGCAGAGAUCUCAAAAACACCUAACCACAAACAGAAGGAAGGAGAUUCUGGGAGUUUAGAUAGCUACUCUGCCUCACGAGAGUCUUUAGUUAAAGUUCGCGUUGGAGAUGGUACAGUGGACCAAAGCACUGUCAACAACAAGCUUCUCUACAAAGCUUCAAUCAUGAAGAAGACUUCAGUGCGGAAGAAGAAACAUACAGAUGAGACCUUUGAUCAUGAGAUCUCUGCUUUCUUCCCUGCCAACUUGGACUUUUUGUGUUUGCAGGAGGUGUUUGACAAAAGAGCUGCAGAGAAAUUGAAAGAGCAGCUUCAUCACUAUUUUGAAUACAUUGUCUACGAUGUUGGGGUCUACAGUUGCCAUGGCUGCUGUAGCUUUAAGUUUGUGAACAGUGGUCUACUUUUUGCCAGCCGCUAUCCUGUUAUGGAUGCUGCCUAUCACUGUUACCCCAAUGGAAGAGGAACGGACUCCUUGGCUUCCAAGGGAGCCUUGUUUCUCAAGGUGCAAGUGGGAAGUACACCUCAGGACCAAAGAAUUGUGGGAUACAUUUCCUGCACUCACUUGCAAGCUAUUGCAGGAGAUACUACUGUUCGAUGUGAGCAACUGGAUAUGCUUCAAGAUUGGCUGUCUGAAUUCAGAAAAUCUACCUCCUCCUCCAGUACAGCCAAUCCAGAGGAGCUGGUGGCUUUUGAUGUAAUCUGUGGAGAUCUCAACUUCGAUAACUGCUCCUCUGAGGACAAGCUGGAGCAACAGCAUUCUCUGUUUACACACUACAAAGACCCAUGUCGAAUUGGUCCUGGGGAGGAUAAACCAUGGGCAAUUGGUACCUUGUUGGAUCCUGAAGGAUUGUAUGAUGAAGAAGUGUGCACGCCAGAUAACCUACAGAAGGUGCUGGAAAGUGAAGAAGGAAGGAAAGGAUACUUAGUCUAUCCCACCAGCAAGAACCACAGUUCCAGUCAAAAGGGGAGGAAGGCAUCAUUGAAAGGAAACGGGAGGAGGAUUGACUAUAUGCUCUAUACAGAAGAAGGUCUCUACCUGGAAUGGAAAGUGGAAGUGGAAGAGUUCAGCUUUAUUACCCAGUUAGCAGGCUUGACAGACCACCUACCAGUAGCAAUGCGUCUCAUGGUAUCUACAGGAGAAGAUGACCCUUAAAACUGACCAGCUUUGAGAGAUUAGGAGGGAAACGUUAACGAUACUAAGAAAAUAUCAGAGGAUAAGAACGAACUAUUCUGGUGCCAUGUUAGGAAAGACGACUAGACCUGACCCGGGCUAAUCCCAGAAUGUACCAACAAUGACGGAUAUAAAAAGGGAAGAAAUGGAAGGGGUUGUGGCCAAAAGCCACAUCACAAGUUGCUCAGGCAACAGGGCAGGCCUGUACUACAAUGCUUUCACUGUGGACCGAACGGAGCCAAGAUGGAAGUCCUAAUUCCUUCUGAACCAGUGCCAUUCUUACUAAAACAUGUUUUUAUACUAAUAUAUAGCACAAUUUAGUUUGUAAUUAGUCUGUGAGUUAGUGCUGCUCAAUGGUUUUUUGCAUCAUUUCUUUGUAUAACUAAGAAGCUAAAGCUUUUUUCUUUUUUUAGCCUGUUAAAAGUUGUAGUAGCGUGCUUGCAUCAGUAGCAUGCGCCCGCACUGCAUGCCACUCUGAGAUAAAAUAGUAAGAUACCAUGGGGAAUAUCAGAAUGGAAGUGAGUUCAAAAAUCAGAUACCAGCCAAAGCAAGGCAUUCUGGGACUGGCAAACCCUUCUGUCAUUACAGAUAGGCCUUCAAACAAACAGACAAAAACUCUAUUAAAUUUGCAGACCAAUACUUUCCUAUCUGAUUUAAGGAUACUUAAAAGAUCUGGAAUUAAGAC